ACGUGGAGAACCCGCGUGAGGAGGGUAUCUUGGCAUUCAUUAUGUGGCUGGACGUGAUGGGCCUGGCAUCACAAACCCCCCGGAUCAUACAAGUAGUCGUAAAUAGCCUUCGCUUUGAAGGAAAAGAGGACUUUAGGAAAAAUCUGGCUGUAACACAGGUACUAAGGGUAAUAAAAAAGGAGACCUCAAAGGAUAAGACACCGGACUGGCCACGUGACCUAUUGCCUAUUGAAGCCUUGAGGCACUACGUAGAUGUACCACCGUCCUGGGCGGAUAAUUUAAUAUAUAAGAGGGAUAUAGCCUUAGACGACAAAGGGAUUUUGUGGGUCCAGAUCUGCAAGUUGAAAACAGACCAAUUUAGAAACGGCAGGUUCAUUCCAGUCGAAAAUACAGGAUCGAGGUACUGCCCGGCCUACUUAUUAGAACAAUACCUAAAAAUUCGUCCAGAAACGGAUGGGGAAUCACCAUUGUUUGUAUCAAGACAGGGCAAGAAGGUCUCCGUCUCAGCUGUGGGCUCGAUAGUAAAAUGGUUCGCUGAACACGUGGGCCUAAAUGGUAGGUUUACAGCUCAUUUGUUAAGAAUAGGAGGAGCCACAGCAGCAAUGGCC